AACCAUAUUCGCCGUCUGCCGUCUGAUUCCGUAGGUUAUUUUUCUCGGUGUUCCGCAUAGGUUAUCGCGACCAACCUGGAGCACCUAGCCGUGUUCAAUUUGACCCGGUCGACCACGAGAACCAUCGUGGUCUCAAGUCCGCCUCGAGUGCCAGUGCCCGCGAGAUUCUGCCCUCGCAUCGACCUUCAUCGGCACCUCCGAUAGUACGACCAUGGCUGCAGUUCGAAGUAUCGUGACCGUCCCCAGCCGCCUGCGCCUCGGCUGGCGAGCCCCGGGCCUGAAUCGACGGUCCCUAAGCACGUCGCGAACUCUGGGCGCCCAGAUGACCGUCCGCGAUGCCCUCAACGCCGCAAUGGACGAAGAGAUGGAGCGCGACGAACGGGUCUUCCUGAUGGGCGAGGAAGUUGCCCAGUACGACGGCGCCUACAAGGUCAGUCGCGGUCUGUGGAAAAAGUACGGCGACAAGCGAGUCAUCGACACCCCCAUCACCGAAAUGGGCUUCGCCGGGAUCGCCGUCGGAGCCGCCUUCGUCGGGCUGCGCCCCAUCUGCGAGUUCAUGACGUUCAACUUCUCCAUGCAAGCCAUCGACCACGUUGUCAACUCCGCCGCCAAGACCUUCUACAUGUCGGCCGGGAACAUCGCGGUUCCCAUCGUGUUCCGAGGUCCCAACGGGAACGCAGCGGGCGUCGCGGCCCAGCACUCGCAGUGCUACGCCGCCUGGUACGGCCACUGUCCCGGCCUCAAGGUGAUCUCUCCGUACAACUCGGAAGACUGCAAGGGACUCCUCAAGGCCGCCAUCCGGGACCCGGACCCGGUGGUCUUCCUCGAGAACGAGCUCAUGUACGGCAUUUCGUUCGAGGUGCCCGACGAAGUCAAGAGCAAGGACUUCGUCCUGCCCAUCGGCAAGGCCAAGGUUGAGAGGGCCGGGCAGCACGUCACCCUGGUGUCGCACUCCAAGGCGGUCGGGACCUGCCUGGACGCGGCGCAGGAGCUGGCCAGCGUCGGCAUCGACUGCGAGGUCAUCAACCUGAGGAGCAUCCGGCCCUUGGACGACCAGGCCAUCCAGGCGUCGGUGAUGAAGACCAACCGGCUGGUGACCGUCGAGAACGGGUGGCCGCACUUCGGGAUCGGGGCUGAGAUCUGUGCCAGAAUCGUCGAGAGUCCCGCCUUCGACUACCUCGACGCACCGGUCAUCAGGGUGACCGGGGCGGACGUACCCAUGCCCUACACGGCGUCCCUCGAGGUCGAGGCCGUGCCUACCGUCGCGCACGUCGUGCUCGCCGUCAAAAAGAUGCUGAAUGUGGCGCAGUGAAUGACUGUUGCUGGAGGACUGAGGACCGGGCUCGCCGUGAAAGAAGCCAAGACAAAAAAUAAUCGGCUUGUUUUGAUGAGAACUCGUGUGGGGAUUCAAGUCUGCUGAAACAUGAUGCCCCUUCACAUAUCUAGGGUGUAGUUUACGCGGCAUUUCUGCUACACUUCGACAUGUCUUUGCCGGGUGGUCUUGAUGUGGCCCAGCACAUAAAAAAAGAAAAUAUCUUAUUUCUUGCAAUUUAUUUUGCAAGUUGCCAUUCUACAUCUUUUUAUGUAGGAAGACUUUAGCAUGUUAUAGUCAGUGACAAGGUGAGAACGGCAAGGAGGAGUGUCAGUUGUCCCUCACCCAGCGCGUGAGCUUCCUACUUUCGACCCCUGAAGGCAUGGAGCGCGUGCUGGAGGCCUUGGGAAACACGCCCUGCCGCUCUCAUUCUGUUUGUGACCCUUUCUGAGCAAUACUUUCCUGGAUAUGUGCAUAUAUCUGUUUUGCAGUUCAUCUUCUGUAAUGACAAAGGAAAACUAUAGAGCAUUCGUUUUCUAUUUAGUCACAAAGAAAUGGCCUGUGCCUCGAGAAUUUCAAUUCAAUUGCUUAAACAGCUCACCUUGCUCAUUCAUAUGCACGACAGCUAUACCUAGGUUUGUUUAUUUGCAGAUUUAGUUUUGCGAAAAAGGGGGAGGGGAAAUCAAAAUCGGAUUUUUUGACGAUUUCAGGAUACAAGCUGCACAUUUCUUCAGGGUGAAGGAAAAAUUUUACUUUAUUACCAGCAAAGACGAGUCACUUGACCAUAUUUUACAUGCAAGAUGUUCUCAGCUGGUGGUCCAGAUAGCCCUUACCUGACUUCUACUGCAAUUUACACUGUAAACGACUGAUAUAUGACAAUUUGUUUUUUGUGGAUAGACAAGUAACUGAGCUACCUAACCAUAGUAAUACAGUUGUGUCUCGUUAAUAUGAACCCUGUUAUUACGAAAAUUGGGGGGAACUGUGGUGUCCAUAUUAACGAGACCCAAUGACCAGCUUAUUUCCAAUUGCGGAAUUUCAUUUCCAUUAUAUAUUUUUAAAUAAAGUACCGUAAAUUUUGCAAAGUAAUGUGGAGCGCAAGUUCGUCUGCUUUUGCAGGGGCUGUGGUGACGUCGGAAUGCCAGGCCCUGAUUGGCUCUGCUUGAAGGAUAGUGGGUAGACCUCAAGGCAGCUUGCUUUGAGGUCUACCCACUUUCCUUCACUCGGAGCCAAUCAGAACUCUGCGUCUUUCUGACGUCACUGCAACCCCAGCAAAAGAAUCAGACGACUUGCUCUCCGCAUAAUGGUACCACAAUUAUAGCCACCUACAGCAGGCACGUAGCCAGGGGAGAGCUCCUCCCCCCCCCCCCCCCCCCCUCGAAAUCUUCCAUUUUGCCGGGGGCCUCCUCUACCCCCUCUCCCUCAUACAAUACCUUGUCAUGGGCGGCCCCCCCGCCCCCGAAACAAAAUCCUGGCUAUGUGCCUGAUCUACAGCAGAUUUCUGCUAUGUAUGGCAUUUUCCAUGUCGAAACAAUUCUGUUAAACUGGUCUAAACAACUUAAAUUUCCUCUUUUUUUUUCUUUUUUUUUGAGGAAGUGGAUUUAGUUUGGUUUUGAUAAAAUAUGUUUAAAGUGCAAAUACCGGCUCAAGUUAUGUUUCAGCCGAAAAUGAGGAACCCUUCUCAGUGUCGCACCUCAUCAAUAAUGUGCUGGAGGGCAACUUAUGAUUGUUUGUUGAGCAUGACCCUUGCAUUAGACGAGUGCAAAAGAGUUGUAAAUUGCUGUUUUGUUUCUAGGAAUGAGUUAAGUGCUGAACUACUUGCCAGUUUGUUGUCUGACUGAGAUGCUGCGUGUCAGCUGUGUGUUGCAGCCAUUAUUUAUUAUAGGUGCAAUAAAUCAAAUAAAUCUGACAAGAGGACACCUUGUUCUUGAAACAAACA